AUGAAAGCGGUGAUGGCAUACAAAAGCUGGGGAUAUGCUAUACUAAUGCAGAACUAUGACGUCAUGAUCAAGACUGUGUAUGAAACUGUUUCUAUAUUGGACAUGCUCGCAGGAGCGAACGAUGUGCACAUGAGACCAUGUGAAGGAUAUCGCUUACAAUGA